AUGUCUGAUUUCGGCCGCAAAGAUAUGUCCACCAAGGCUAAGGAGGAGCUCACCCCCGACAACUCGAAGUCCGUCUUUCAACAAACCAAGGAGACCCUCACCGACGCUGCUGACCGUGUUGCUGGAGCUUUGAACCCGGACAGCAACAAGAGCACCACUCAGAGCACUUUUGACAAGACCAGGAGGGAGAAGGAUGCUCACACCGAGGGACCUGUUGACAAGACCAAGAACGCUCUUGGAUUGUAA